AUGUGUGCACUUAAAUGUAUGAUCCGCACAAGCUUUUUCAUACUACUGUCUCGACCUCUGGCCCUCGCACUUGCUCUUUGUCUCCUUGCUGGCUGCAUGACGGCAAUGGGCAUUUUAAAUCUGAUCCUAUGUAUGCUCGCCGUCUUCCCCAGCGUCCCUCACUCAUACGCGCUCGAAGGGAAUGAGGCACAACCCCAAAAGUGUAGCGAGCUGCUGACACGCAAAGAGUGGCGGACGUUGACAUAUAGUGAGAAAGCAGAAUGGGUGGGGGCUGUCAAGUGUUUGGCAAGUAUACGACACGAACGAUUAUCUUUGAAGAAUGAUCAGACGGUGCUUCAUGGGAAGCGGAGCCUGUACGACGACUUCUCUUACUCGCACGCAGCAUUGGAGCAAAGUGUGCAUAGGAAUGCUUACUUCCUGCCGUGGCACCGCUGGUUUACCUACCUCUUCGACGCCUCCCUCCGUCACAAUUGCGGUUACAGCGGGCCAACACCAUACUGGGACUGGUCGCGCGAUCAUGCAGACCUGUUCAAUUCGCCAGUAUUCGAGGAUUCGCCGGUAUACGGGCUCGGCAACACGGGAGACUGCGAUUCCUCUCCCGAGGCGGACUGUACCGUCAUUACGGGCGCUUUUGGCUUGUCCACUGGAAACUUCAAGCUUGCCUGGCCUAUCCCACACUCACUGAGAAGGAAUCUGACCCUCUUGACGGGUUGGUAUCCCAAUGAGCGGCCUCAAAACCGCACUCUUGGCCCAGAUUUUGUGCGCAACGCGACCGAGAAAACCAAGGGCGAUUUCUUUCGGUUUCAGUACUCAAUGACACAAAUGCACAACCACUUACACGACUUUAUUGGGGGCGAUCUAGCGGGAGACUGCCCGAAGGCACUGGCAAAAGAGGAUUGCAAGGGUAUGGCAUUAGGCUUUACGCCAAAUGAUCCUCUAUUUUGGCUGCAUCAUGUCCAGCUUGACCGUUUGUGGAGUGAGUGGCAGCGCCACCACCCAUCAAACUUCGCCGCUUUCUCUGGCGCCCCAUUAAAGCCGAAUAACAUGAGUGAUCCAAGCUACGACUUUCAUGCGCAUUUAGAUUAUCUUAUGCCCUUUGACGUUCACAGCGUGCCUGUGGCGACGAGGAUGGUGCUUGAUACAAAGAGUUGGCCGCUGUGUUAUAUUUAUGCAGAUGAGGAGUGA